UUUUUUUUUUUUUUUUUUUUAUAUCUAGUAUGGUGAAAUAAUUCCCAGUCGGACAUUGAUUAAUAGUUAAACUUUUUUGCUUGUAGACCGCACUCUCUUCCCUUCUCUUUCAUUAUAAAAUAUACUUUUUAUGGUCGCACCAAUUUAUACACCCACUAAACGAAUUUAUAGUUGUGAUGAUGAUUUUUUCAAAGAAGGAAAUAUUGCUCUUAGAGCAUAUUGGUUAGAACGAGAUGCAGCAGCCGAUCUUGAUAUUGAUAUGAUUCGACAAGAAGCAACUACAUUAACAAAUGUUUUUAAUUAUCGACCCAUAUUUUGUGAAUUACCUUCCUGUAUCCAUCGACAUGGUGAACCUAUUGCAUUUCCCUCAUUAUCCGCCUAUGAAGCUCAUUAUGAAGCUCAACAUCGCAACACUUGUUCCAUUUGUGGUUUACCUUUCCCAGGAUCUCAUUGGUUACAACUUCACCUCGAUGAAUGUCACAACGUUUUGAAUCAAAUCAGAAAAGACCGUGGGGAAAAGAUUUAUGAAUGUUAUGUAGAAUCAUGCAACAAACAAUUUAGUACACCCAAGAUGCGACGCCUUCAUUUGAUUGACAAACAUCAUUAUCCCAAAUUCUUUCCAUUUGAUCUGGUGGUCACAGGUACUCUUAGUAUUGCUGAUCGUCAACAACGACGACAAAAGGGCAAAUCAAGGAAGAAUCCCAAUCAACAUCAUACAACAAAAAUCAUUAAAGAAAGUGUCAAGGAAGCAGAUAAUAUAGAAACCCAUUCUCUAUCAUCAGAUCCUAUGGCUAUGGAUAUCGAUGCUCUUACAACCGGAAUAUCUCGAAUCAAUAUACCCUCAAGUAUCUCUUUUGGUCGCGGUAGGAAAUCAGCUUGGACUCGAUCAAGACAACAACAUGAUAUUAACCAUACUGGCAAUGCUAUCUCAAAAAACAAUCCAUCGAUGUCAGAUACUCAACCUGAAAUAUUCAAACCGAAUCGAAGACAAAGACGACUGGCUGAUGGAACGACAAGAACAACAAUGGAUAUAGAAUAGACCUUUAUAUAUUAUAUUAGUGUUAAUAUUAGAAUUAGUAUUGAUUGUACAUAUUUUUUUUUUUUUUU